CCCCCCAGAUCUCCUUCCUUCCCUUCUUCUCCCCUCUCUAUUAAGAAGCGCCACUCAGAUCUCCCCGCCCGAACCCCCCCCCCCCCCCCCCCCCCCCCCCCCCGCCUCUGCCUCCCUCGUCAACGCAGCACGAGGACGAGCGCGAUGGCAUCGCCGGCCGCGGGCGCGGCCUCGGCGGUCCUCCUCUUGCUCGCCUUCGCCGUGGCGGGGGUGCUCUCCGACGGCUCGGACCACCGCUACAAGUCCAGCGAGCCCGUCCCGCUCUACGCCAACAAGGUCGGCCCCUUCCACAACCCCAGUGAGACGUAUCGGUACUUCGACCUCCCUUUCUGCUCUCCCGAAAAAGUGAAGGAGAAGAGUGAAGCCCUUGGGGAAGUCCUCAAUGGGGAUCGUUUGGUUGAUGCACCGUACAAGCUUGAUUUCCGUGUGGAUCUUGACUCCAAGCCGGUUUGCUCAAAGAAGCUCACCAAGGAGGAUGUUGCAAAGUUCCGGAACUCAGUAGCUAAGGACUACUACUUCCAGAUGUAUUAUGAUGAUCUUCCACUGUGGGGUUUCAUUGGUAAGCUGGAAAAGACAGCCAAGGCCGACCCGAGUGAGUGGAAGUAUUACCUAUACAGGCACAUUAUCUUUGACAUCCUCUACAACAAUGACCGGGUGAUUGAGAUCACUGUGCAUACUGACCAGAGUGCACUGGUCGACCUGACGGAGGAUAAGGAGGCUAAUGUGGAGUUCCUUUACACUGUCAAGUGGAAGGAGACAGCAACACCAUUUGAGAAGAGGAUGGAGAAGUACUCCAGUUCCUCCAACCUCCCGCAUCACCUGGAGGUUCAUUGGUUCUCGAUUAUCAACUCUUGUGUUACGGUUCUUCUCCUGACAGGGUUCUUGGCGACAAUCCUCAUGCGAGUACUGAAGAAUGAUUUUGUUAAGUAUGCCCAUGAUGAAGAAGCAGCUGAUGACCAAGAAGAGUCUGGAUGGAAGUAUAUCCACGGUGAUGUCUUCCGGUUCCCCAAGAACAAGUCAUUGUUUUCGGCUGCUCUUGGCACUGGAACUCAGCUGUUUGCUCUAACAACCUUUAUAUUCUUGCUUGCACUUGUUGGAGUAUUCUACCCUUACAACCGUGGCGCACUUUUCACCGCAUUAGUCGUUAUCUAUGCACUCACUUCAGGAAUUGCUGGGUACAUUGCUACCUCUUUCUAUUGCCAGCUAGAGGGAACAAACUGGGUGAGGAACUUGCUAUUAACAGGAUGCCUGUUCUGCGGACCUCUAUUCCUGACAUUCUGUUUCUUGAACACGGUUGCUAUUGCUUAUAGUGCAACGGCAGCAUUGCCAUUCGGCACUAUCUGUGUCAUUGUCCUCAUCUGGACCUUAGUUACAUUUCCUCUUCUAGUUUUGGGAGGCAUUGCUGGGAAAAACAGCAAAAGUGAAUUCCAAGCCCCUUGCCGUACCACCAAAUACCCGAGGGAGAUACCUCCACUUCCCUGGUACCGGACAACAGUUCCACAGAUGGCUAUGGCUGGAUUUUUGCCUUUCAGUGCUAUAUAUAUCGAGCUGUACUACAUCUUUGCUAGUGUGUGGGGCCACCGAAUUUACACCAUUUACAGCAUUCUCUUCAUAGUCUUCAUCAUCCUCCUUAUCGUCACUGCCUUCAUUACUGUUGCACUGACAUACUUUCAACUUGCUGCUGAAGACCAUGAGUGGUGGUGGAGGUCAUUCCUAUGCGGAGGAUCAACUGGAUUUUUUGUUUAUGGCUAUUGUCUGUACUACUACUAUGCGCGAUCAGAUAUGUCUGGCUUCAUGCAGACAUCUUUCUUCUUUGGGUACAUGGCCUGCAUCUGCUAUGCAUUCUUCCUGAUGCUGGGCAUGGUUGGUUUCCGUGCUGCCUUGUUCUUCGUUCGGCACAUAUACAAGUCCAUCAAGUGUGAGUAAACUGUUGUUAGAGGAUGAAGAGCAGCAGAGUUUGUACUCCUUUUUGGUGCCGCUAAGUCCCAGUAUAGAAAAGGUUAGCUCUUGCGUGCAACAGGAAGCAACUAGAGAUUGCCAUGUUUCAGAUUAGGCCAUUAUUCAUAGGAACAGGUAAUGAACCUAUAAAUUUGCUCUCUUUGUGCGACUGCUGUGAUAAAUUGUCUUUUCCUUCAGCCCGUGUAUGAUCUCUGUGACAUCAAGACGGUAUUACUUUGGACCAUAACCUACAUGAAUAUCUGUGAAAGUUCUUAUUAUGUUAUGUCAUAUUUCCUAUGGCAGAAUAACACGAGUGUAGAGAUGAUGCCUCAAGAAGGGCAUGUCCAGUCAGAGUUGUACCGUUAUACGUGUAUCCUUUGCUUCCUGUGUAUGUAUUGUGAGAUGUUCCGAUGUUAAAAUAUAGUAUACCCCGUUUUCAUGACCAA